AGUAGUUAUUUCGAAUCAUUCAAAUAAGGAUUUCCAUGUGAUCGAUUGUAGACAUUCAGCGUUUAGUAAGAAAAUAUGACAACUUCCCGCAAACUAAAUCACAGAGCAACUUUAAAGAAAGUAAAAAAUGUAAAGCAAUGCUCCUGGACACAAAAAUUGCGUCGAGCACUUCAUGAUACUUUCUUUGAGUACACCAAAGUGACCAGAGUGAAUGGUAUAUGGAUGCUAAGAGAAAAUCGCACUAAGGGUUUUAUGAGAUUUAUGUGGACUAACUUGCUGUUGGGACUUCUUUUCCUUGGGGCUUACUUGUCUUUUCAAUUGUGGCUGAAAUUCUAUUCAUAUCCUAUUUUGAAUACAAUUGGAACAGAUCUUUCAAUCACCGAUGUUGCGUUUCCAGGCAUAACUGUAUGCAGCCCUAAGGUUGUAAACUUCGAAAAAGUUCAACAAUACGUUAGAAAAUUAAUAAUUCCUGACGGUUUUGAAUACCAUGAUGUAUUGGAAGGAUUCGAUUUUAUUAACGCAUUUACCGAUCAAAAUUGGGUAUCUAACAAUGCUAGCUUUGAAGCAACAGACAGCGUCAUUGCUUUCAACAAUAUAACCAUUUAUGAAGCUGCCUUGGAAGUGAGUGCCGGAUGUGAAGAUUUCUUUCAACAUUGCUUUUGGGGAGGAAAAGAGUUUCCAUGCAAACAAGAACAUGACUAUCUCUCUUUUGUCCCGUCAACUUCUUACCUUGGACCAUGUUGUUCAUUUAACUACAAUCCAAGAAAUGAGUCCUAUGUCCCUUUUGCAGCGAACAUUUUCGGUAUGGAUGGUGGAUUGAGUUUUAUCGGAAAAGAAGGCUCCGAAACAAAUCUUUCAACUGGAUUAAUUGUUCUUGUUCAUCAUCCCAUGGACUAUACUACAGAAACUGCAGCUUCAGUUACCAUAACUUCGAAGUUUGAGUCGUUUGUUGAAAUCAUGCCAACAUAUCAAAGUUCUUCGCUUGAAGUAUUGGAAUUGGCCAAAACAAAACGAGAUUGUCUCACAUCGUCUGAUGUAUCGCUUAAAACCUAUCGGCAAGCUGCAUGUUUAGUCGCGUGUCAGGUUGAAGAGAUUUUCAGAACAUGCGGAUGUCAUCCAUAUCAUUUACCAACUGUCAAUAAUGAAGUUAAUAAUGAAUGCAAGCUUAAAGAUGCUGCCUGCUUUUCAGCCAAUUUUGAUAAUUUUAAGAGCCUCAAAUGCGAGCAUUGCCUUCCAAAUUGUUUUGAUGUCACUUAUAAGACGCUCUCUUACAACACCGACCUUAGGCAGCACAAUUUUUCUAUUAGCAGUCUCUACCGUAAUGAUGAAGUAAGUGAAGGAAGUUUUAUCGGGCGGGUCUAUAUGGCUAAACAAGCUGUACCAUCUGUUCGUAAGGUUACUGUGAUGUCAUGGAUAAGUCUGCUAUCUGAUUUAGGCGGUGUCUUUAAUCUUUGCCUUGGCCUUAGCAUUAUUUCGCUUGUGGAAUUUAUUUAUUUUUUUACUUAUGUUUUCUAUAAAAACUUUAAGCUUCAUGGAGUUCUAAUGAAAAACUAAAAAAAGAACAACAUAGUUUUGAAAAAAAAAUCAACUUUAAUAUGUAAUUAUUUCUAAAGCACAAGUAAUAAUUUUCUACUCAAACAUC